AUGAUGGAGUUCAGAAGAAAGAAUAGAAGUGUAACACCAUCAUCAAAGUAUGAUGCGGUAGAUCUACAGCUGUCGACGUUACACUCUAUGGUGAAUCCACACCACGCCAAACAUCAUCAACAACAGAACGGAAGUACAACUACACUCUUUGUAAAAGAAGGAAUACCCCUACUCGAAUCACUACGCGACCGAACUAAAUCGAUGGACGCAUCCGAAAAGAAUUUCUGUAUCAGUCGUGGUGCUAUCACUAUUUUAAUUCAAUGUAUUUGUUAUUGUGGCAAGAAUAAUCAUUCCACUGAAAUCGUAUUAGAGAUAUGUCAAUAUUUAAUAGAUAACAGUCAUGAAGCAUCAAGAUUAUUUUGUAAACAAUUGAUUCAACAUCUUUAUGAUGAUAUCGAAUGUAUAGGUACUGCAGAAUCACUACCUAAACUAAUAUCAUUAUAUCCAUUGAGAUCUGUAAGAUCGGUUACAUUGGCAAACAAGAGGAAUUCAUAUGCUUUAGAUAAACCAUUGGAGACGCCACCCGGUGGCUACUCUGACCUUUUGUUGAAUACAUCGAGUGGUCAGAGCAAUAGAUUGAACAACAACAAUACAACAGGAAAUAAUAAUAAUAAUCUAGGUACACUACGUCGAACUUUGAGAGACUUAUCGUUGUCCUCUUCGAAUAAACUCGAUGAAAGUAAUAAUGGAAGUAACUAUUCGUCACCGGCGGAAUCACCAAUCUUUUCGAGUCAGACUUCGCCAACCACCAUGUUAAUUCCACCAUUGUCAGCAAUAAAUAACAACAAUUCAAAUACUUCACCGUCAGCUAUCUCACCUACUAGCGCAUCCACCACUAUCAUUCCCUCGCUGAAAAUGUCAAAGCCUAUCAUUCCGAAAUUGAAUUUACCGAUUCGAGUGGAGAGCAGUGCCAAGAUGACACGUUCAUCUCGUAGACGUGACGACUCUAAUUCCUCUACGAGAAGUCACACCUGUGAAAUCGGUAAAGUAGAAACAAACUCUACCAAAGAACUUAGUGAUAUUGCUUCUAAACUAGGUGAAACAUAUAUGACAUCAGAUUUAACAGCAUUAAUAUCAUAUAAACAGGUGGUAGAUGCACACUUUACAUCUACAACGCUAAAGAGAAAUAGCUAUGCACCAAAGAAAUUUGUGAUACCAGAUACACCAACUUCAGAAUCGAAUGUAUCGGUGUCACCCGAUCUCCAAACCAUUAAGAAUUCCAAUCUCUACAAGUUGGCCAAUAACUGGGCCGACUAUGUCGACAAUAUCAACAACAUCAACAACAACAACAACAACAAUAACAACAAUAACAAUAACAAUAACAUGUUUGCCUCGGAUCUAGUUAAAAAGAUGGACUACCUAUUGAUUCCUACCGGUGGAAUCAUCCUGCCAUUCCUACAGGCUUCCAACUUUUUCCAGAACUAUCAAGUGAAAAAACAAAUGCUAGAGUUUCUUAGUACCAUUUUUUCAUUCAAAAAGAAUCCAUUUACAAAAAAGAAACUUUAUAUCGAUGCAUAUAUAAGUUUUAUUAAAUUGUAUAAUAAUUAUGUUAUUGAUGCACAAACAUUAACUCUAUGUAAAUUAUUUUUAAAUAUAUUAAUUGCAUUUUCUAUAAAUAAAAAUGAAAAGAUAACAAUGAAAUUCUAUCAGUUGAGAACAAUGGAUUUCUUGGUAAGAGAAGUCAACCUGGAAUAUGAAGUAAAACAAAAUAGAGACCAAUUCAUUGAACCUUUCUUUUUAAGAAAAGAAAAUACAACAACAUCUACCAAUAAUAAUAAUAAUAGUAGUAGCUCUACUGCAACUACUAAUAAUACUACAGUUGCCACACCAACUUUAAUACCAAAGUUGGAAAUUCCAAGUAAAAUCAAUGUCUCGAAUAAUAAUGAUACAAACAAAACAGAUCCAACUACAACAACACAAUCACAACCAAUAACAACAACAACAACAACACAAUCCACUCAGAUACCAGCUCAGUCAACACCACCUUUAUCGUCAACACCAACUUUUAAACCAAAAUUACCACCUUUAAAGCUACCUGCAAAGAUUGGAGACAACAGAGCUGGCAGUCCUUCUAUUCCUCCAUUGGCAUUACCACCAAAGGUUCCACCCAUUCCCAGCAUUUCACUUACCAAGAUUAUGACUGAUCCAACUGAUUCUCAAAAAACCAAUAAUACCGUUGUUGACAGCAGAGUUGUUGUAACCGAUGUAAAUACAAAACCAACACCAGCACUCAAUACUUCACUCGGUGCUUCAGGAGGUAGCACCAACAUUAAGUUGUCAAUUCCCAAGCUCACAUUACCGUUGAUCAAGACCAGAUCGAGUGAGAGUGAAACUAAAUCGAUCACCGAUUCUGUGCAAGCACCCUCAGCUGGUCUACUUUCAGCGAUUGAACAAAAGAUUGACCCCCAGGAUCCAAAGUUCCAACUUGUUCUUGGAAAUCCAUCUUCCUCUCACACCCAAGAGGAAGAGUCGACAAACACCACCGAACCAACAGCCAAAGAAUUGCUGCGAUACAAAACAGAGAGAAAUAAUCGUAAACUCUACCACGAUAAAGAUCUACAUAUCUCUGUACUCCAAUUGAUUUUUAGUUUACUUUUAAAUUCAAAAUACAAUCAAAAGUUGUUUGAAUAUGUUAAAUUAACUAUAAUUAUUUCUACUCGACACAGUCAUACAUUGGAACAUUUAUAUUCAGAUCAAUUUCCAUUGGUGGCAAAGAAGCUCAAUGUCCCAUAUAUUCUACAAUUGCAUAUUAAUCAUCAACAAAAUGAGCGAAUUAUACCAGAGUUGUGUCAACGAACAUUUGAAAUGGGACCAAACUAUUUCAGAGUAUUGAAGUUGCUAUUCAAUCGAUUGUUCCAUUCUAGUUUAUUUAAGGAUUUGAAGAGAGUUGCCAAGGGUGCAUAUGGUACUGUCUACAAAGGAAUUCUUGGUCACGAUGAAGGUCUUGAGGUGGCUGUCAAGCUGAUGGCCGUUCCCAAAUCACUUCACGAUCGUUGUGUACUCCAUGAUAUCUUUACAGAGAUUCUCAUUAUGGAUACAUUCAGAAGUGAUCACCGUGCCUGCCAUAUGUUUGACUAUGGUGUCGAUGGUGAAAACUACUGGAUCGUAAUGAAAUCCUACAAAUGUAGUCUUAAGGAAUGGAGAUUGAAACAAACCGGUCAUUUCCUUCAACAACUUCCACUCUAUCUCAAUAUUUAUAUGAAUGUCUUGUUGACUGUUCAAUUCUUAGUUGAAAACAAGAUCAAUCAUUUCGAUAUAAAGUGUGAUAACUUUUUAGUACAUCCAAUAAAGAAAGGAACAAUCGAAGACGAUUUUUGGAAUCAACCUACCUAUGAUCCGAAUUUCGUUGUUUGUUUGGCUGAUUGGGGAGAAGCUAAAGUUUAUUCUGCCGAUAUCGAAGGCUAUACCACUAGAAAUAGAGGUACUGAGUUUAUAAAGAGUCCAGAGAUGCUCACCAUUGCCUAUGCAAGUCAAAAGACUCGUGAGAAUUUCGACAGACGUAAAAAGGUUGGCUCCAACACUGCCAGCGAUGUCUGGUCACUCGGUUGUCUGUUCUACGAGUUGUUGACCGGUGAUUUCUUGUUCUACGAUGACGAUUGGGUCAAAUUCUUUAUUAGAGUUACUCAACCCGGUCAAGAGUUGAUCACCGCCGAGAAGAAAGCAAAGAUUCAUAAUAUUCCGGCCAUAAUCGAAUUCAUGGAAUUUGUUUUCGUCAGAGAUCCAUUCUAUCGUCCAACACUACGUGAUAUUCUGACUAAAUUCACGUCGAUCAAACCAACCAUUCUCUCACAGUUGGAGCGUCUCAAGCAACAACUCAACAACGAGCAAUUGAGAUCCGGUCAACCAAAGGAAUACAACAUCGGUGGUGAUGGAACUCGAUACAAGGGAACCAAUCGAAGCAGUGGUCACUAUACUCCUGGUCGUUUCUUCCCACACACCUAUAACAUCAACACUAUUAAAUCGAGUUCACUUUCAUCGAACACCCAGUCGAGACUCCAUGAAAUCAACAUCAUCCCAGAGAUUCCUUACAAUGAGCCACCCGAGUUCCCUGAGCAUAAACAUCUCAUGGAAUUCCCAUCCAAGAUUACAUCCUACAUGUAUAUCUCAUCUUUUAACCCAUCAAUGAAAAAGAAUAUGUUAAAGAAUGAUCUCCAUAUUACACAUAUAAUCAAUUGUACAGGUUCACCAAAUGCAUUCCCAGAUCAUUUCGAAUAUUUGCAUUUACAACUUCACGAUGAUCCUUCACAGGAUAUUCUUCAUUCAUUCACAUUGGCAUUUGAUUUCAUUCGUGAUGCCAUUAUGCAUCAGGGUCGAGUACUUAUCGUAUCUGAUAAAGGUGUUUCUAGAUCUGCUGCACUCGCCAUUGGUUAUUUCAUGGACUCUAGAUCCAUGAGUUAUUUCGAAGCGUUCAUUCUCAUUCGUGACCGUCGUUACAUUGUAAAUCCAAAUCCAGGUUUUGUAGAACAGAUGUGUCGUUGGGGUAGACAAAGAAGAACUCAAAAGGGUUUGGCAGAGUGGGGAGGUGGUAUUGAAACCUAUAUCAACAACACUACCCAAUUCCAAUGUCUUUGUGGUGCUUGUGUCUUCACCUUGCUGACUCCAUUCGACUCUACCAAAUUCAACAAUCCCAAACAUUGUAAUUGUGAACAAGGCGACAAAGAUUGUCCAAACUUCCAAGGUUGUUCAACUUUCCUCUUUGACAUGAAGAAACUUCACAACUACACUGCCAAACAUGUGAUUUGGGGCUAUACUAACAUUACGAAUGUAGUUGGAGAUUUCCAGAGAUCAUCCGUUGAAAUUCAAAAUCCAUCUAAAAAGAGAGAUUGGAAACUAUUUAAAUGUAAAACUUGUCAGUUCUUGACAUAUGCACUCUCGACAAAUGCCAAUCAGCAGUAUGGUGAUAAACCAAUCGCAAUCGUUACCAACUCUAAAUUACUCAGAAUUAUAACUUAA